AUGGUUGAAGUAAACACAGAAGGAAAGAUCGCCGUCGUCACUGGUGGUACUAGAGGUUUGGGAUUAUACUGUGCUGAAGCUUUGGUUUUGAAUGGUGCUUCCACAGUUGCAAUUACUUCAAGAAAGAAAAAAGCAUGUGAUGAAGCAAAAGCACAUUUGGAGAAAUUAGCUAAAGAUAAUGGAAAAUCCACCACAAUCAUUUCAUUCCCAGCUGAUCUUGCUGUUGAAGAACAAUGUGAAGCAUUCUAUAAGUAUGUUGCUGAAAAAGUAGAUAAAGUUGACAUUUUAAUAGCUAAUGCUGGUGCCACCUGGGGUGCAGCUUUAGAAGAUCAUCCAGUUUCAGCCGUUAAGAAAGUUCUCGAUUUGAAUGUUGUUUCUGUCUUCCACACCAUCAAAUUGUUUGUUCCAUUAUUGGAAAAAGCAGCAACUAAGGAAGAUCCAUCAAGAAUCAUUCUCAUGUCUUCAGUUAUCAGUCUUACUACCAAUGAUGUAGUUGGUGUUUAUGGAUACUUGAGUUCAAAAGCGGCUGUGUCUCACUUGGGUAGAAACUUGUCUGUUCAAUUUGCUCCAAGGCAUAUCAAUGUCAAUUCAAUUGCCCCAGGUUGGUUCCCUUCUAAAAUGGCAAAUGGUUUAAUUGAAGCUGCUGGUGAUAUGAUUGUUGAAACCAAUCCAAGAGGAAGAUUAGGUGAAAAAGAAGAUCUUCAAAAUUUGUUGAUUUUCUUGUGUUCCAAGCAAUCUAAUUACAUUAAUGGUGUUGUUAUUCCCCUCGAUGGUGGUGCCCACAAUAACGCACCAGCCGCCCAUUUCUAG